CUGUUGCCGCAAGCACACGUACUUAAUUACGUGUGGACGAGAAAGAAGGGUGCUAGCCGAGCGAAGAGAAGUACUGCCAACAAUGCUGCGGUGCGGGGUUGUCCACGGCGCAGCCAAGGCCAUCUUUUCUCCGGGCACGGCCGCGCCGCCGCCGCCCAGCCGCGGCAGGCAUCAUCUCCUCCGUCAGCGCACUCGCAGCGCAGAGAAGCCGCCCGGCGAGGAAGAGCGAGUGGGGGAAGGCAGCGGCAGCGCGCUCCCCGGCAAGAGCGUGCUCCUGCGGGCCGGCGCAGCCCUCUUCGCCCUCGGCUUCGUCGACGCCGGGUACAGCGGCGACUGGUCUCGCAUCGGCGCCAUCUCCAAGGACACGGAGGAGCUGCUCAAGCUCGGCGCCUACGUCGUCGUGCCACUCUGCGUGGCCCUCGGACUUUCAGUGCCCGACGACAGCGGAUCCGAAUCAUAGGAAGAGCGUGCGGACGUACUGCAUACCAGUAUCAGUGGUAGCCUACCAUGCAUCACUACUCCAUUAGUAGUUGGUUCUGAUGAGCUCAUCAUCAGUAAUCACACUUUGGUGCUACAUGCAUGCACGCGGUUCUGUGUAUUGUUCAGUUGUGUCUUGUGUGGAGCGUCCAAUUGCAAGUGAAGCAGAGAGGGCAGCCAAUUAACCAGCUAGAACGAACACUUUACUUGUAACAUACUAGGAGUACAUGGGUUCUUAGGCUUUUAGAACGUUUUCUUUUCUACCCAGGUUCGGUUCGGCCUGGUGGCCGAGGUGAGCCCGAUCAUCUGGGGAUGCAAACCAACCGAUGCCUCUUCUUCUCUCAGCGGCGACAUGUUUCUUGCUCGGCAGGAGAAGCGAUCAAAGAAGAGCGUGCCGCUGCUGCCGGGUUUUACAGGAAGAAAAAUCCUCGUUACAACUCUGCGGGCGUAAAGCGACAAUGCCAUUUUGCAGAGCUGAUCGAGCACCUGUCUGUCGAUGGAUUGGUACGCAGGAUAUGGGACAAGAUAGUGCUGCUGCUGAUCUCCUUCAGAAGAUUACAAGCAGGCUGCACCUACUGGGUACGGCACCAGCUGACAAUUUAUUAAAAAAAAUUAGAGGCGUCU